CCCGGGGUGACAAAAAAAUAAAAAUAAAAAAACUCAGGAGUGAUAGAGAGAGAGAGAAAAAUGAGGAAGCCAGAGUUCUCGUCCGGCAAGAACGGCGCGAACGUCGGCAACAGUAACAUCAACAGCAACAACAACAACAACAGCGGCAGUAACAACGUUGUUGUUGCUAAUAAGCUUCGGAAAGGGUUGUGGUCGCCGGAAGAAGACGAAAAGCUGAUGCAUUACAUGCUGAGCAACGGGCAAGGGUGCUGGAGUGAGGUGGCGAGGAAUGCGGGGCUGCAGCGCUGCGGCAAGAGUUGCCGCCUCCGAUGGAUUAACUACCUCCGCCCCGAUCUCAAACGCGGCGCCUUUUCGCCGCAGGAAGAAGAGCUCAUUAUCCAUUUGCAUUCUCUCCUCGGCAACAGGUACCUCUCUUCUCUCUCUCCCUCUCAAAUCAACUAUUAUACCAUAAGCUUAAUUAAUUAA